UCUAAACAAAAUUAGACAAAAAAUUACGUAAUAGCUUUAGCUUCUUCUUCCUUCCAACAGCGAAUUACAGUACAGAUGCAAGGAGAUGAGACAAAAAUCUGCCGUUGGUUAAUUACUCAAAUUCCUCAUUCUAUACAGAAAUGGCGACUAGCGCCGAAACUCCUCUCCAAGAAGAAUACGUGAUCGACGCUGUUGACCACGACGGACUUGCCGCCGGCAGAUCCAAUACCGGUAGAUGGAGAGCCGCUUGGUUCAUAAUCGGUGUGGAGGUUGCGGAGAGGUUCGCUUACUAUGGAAUCGCAUCAAACCUGAUUAGCUACCUGACCGGACCUCUUCGUCAAUCUACGGCGGUCGCCGCCGCUAACGUCAACGCGUGGUCGGGAAUCUCCUGUCUUCUUCCUGUUCUGGGUGCUUUCGUCGCCGACGCUUUUCUCGGCCGUUAUCGAACAAUCAUCAUCGCUUCUCUUAUCUACGUACUGGGGAUGGCACUUCUGACUUUGUCGGCACUACUGGUUCCGAUUACUAGCGAGAAUACAGAAGUGACCUCUUCUUCAACUUCUUCCUUGCUCAAUGUACUCUUCUUCUUCUCUUUGUACCUGGUAGCUAUUGGACAAAGUGGGCAUAAGCCUUGUGUUCAGGCUUUUGGGGCAGACCAGUUUGAUGAAAAAGAUCCAAUAGAGAAACGUGACAGAGGCUCCUUCUUCAACUGGUGGUACCUUAGUUUGUCUGCAGGGAUCUGUUUGGCCAUUGUAGUUGUUGUGUACAUUCAGGAAGCUGUGAGCUGGGCACUCGGGUUUGGAAUCCCAUGUGUGUUCAUGUUGAUCUCUCUUGUUAUUUUUGUCCUUGGGAGAAGGUGUUACAGGUACACCAAAAGAAUACCAGAAGAGGAAAUCAACCCCUUUGUUAGGAUAGGUAGAGUCUUCUUUCAAGCAUUCAGGAACCAAAGAUCGACUGAGCUGGAGACAAAUCCAUCUCAAGGAUCUCCAGAGAGGCUGAGGUUACUCAACAAAGCCUUGCUUGCCCCGAAUCCAUGCAGUGUUAGUGAUGUCAAUGAUGCCACAGCUCUUGUCAGGCUUAUCCCACUAUGGCUUACAACUCUCGCCUACGCCAUACCUUACGCGCAAUACACGACUUUCUUCACAAAGCAAGGCGUCACAAUGGAAAGAACAAUAGCUCCCGGUGUAAAGAUCCCGCCAGCUUCUCUUCAGGUCCUUAUUGGCAUAUCCAUUGUCCUCUUUGUCCUCAUCUACGACCGUGUUUUGGUCCCAAUGGCCAGGUCCAUAACCAAAGAUCCUUGUGGCAUCACAACGCUCAAAAGAAUUGGAACCGGAAUGGUAAUAGCAACUCUCACCAUGGUGAUUGCAGCUCUGGUUGAGACAAAGCGGCUCAAGACUGCAAAAGAACACGGGCUUAUAGACCAACCGCAAACAACUGUUCCAAUGUCGAUAUGGUGGUUGAUACCUCAGUAUCUGUUGCUGGGAUUGGCCGACGUAUUCACAUUAGUUGGAAUGCAAGAAUUCUUCUACAGCCAAGUCCCCACCGAGCUGAGAAGCAUUGGUCUCGCAUUCUACUUAAGUGCUUUGGGCGUAGGAAGCUUAUUGAGCAGCUUACUUAUCUCUCUGAUCGACUUGGCCACUGGAGGAGACGCCAGAAACAGCUGGUUCAACAGUAAUCUGAACAGAGCCCAUCUUGAUUUCUUCUAUUGGUUACUUGCGGUUAUUAGCGGCGUGGGUUUCUCGGCGCUCUUGUUCAUUUCUAAGUCGUAUAUCUAUCGCCAGGUGAACGGGGUGUAGUAGUCUUGCAGCUUUUAUUGGACUGUGAUUCGU